AUGGAAAAUGUGGGAUCAACUGAUACAGCAUCAAUAGGGAAUAAAACAUUGCGUCUAUUAGAACCGCCACGAUCGCUGUGGGAAUCAUCAUCUGGAGGUCAACUGUCGUGUUACGGUAGCUUGACCGCGUCAACCUCAUCAGUUUGCGCCCCAAACAUUCAACGACAUAAAUUAUCCAAUACACCUGCCUAUGAGAAGCUACCGAAAUCAGAUAGUGCUAUUUCUAUGGAAGCACCAAAAUUUCAUUAUGAUAUGGAUUUUGAUUUACGGGCACUGAAAGAAGCUUUAAAGUCAGCCGAAUUUUUGGAAGAAUCCGGUUAUCAAUCCGUUUUAGAACGUUCACAGCAUAAUCAAUAUGGUACUGGAUGGAUUAUUCAUCAAGAUAUCAGCGAAGUAAGCAGUGAUACUGAUGAUGAUAAUUGGGAUGGUUUUAUGGACGUUGGCAAUAAACGGAUUAAAAUUAAGGAAAUCUCAGAUAUUUUAGCAUCGAGAUUUGCUUUUAUUACCGGUGCUCGUACAAAAGAUGGUAAUCCGGUGCUUAUAUUUCCGGACAGUAGAUCUCAAUUAGCCGAAGUGGAACUUGAUCUUCUCAUUUCCUAUCUUCUUCAAAUACCACCACUUGAAGAAGAGCAGAAAAGUUAUGUAAUUGUUAUUGAUAGACGUAUGGAUAAGUGGUCAUCCGUACGUCUAUUACUUUCUUAUCUAACGAAUUCAUUUCCAAGACCGGUUCGGAUUGUACUUAUAUUAAAACCGGAAAGUGUAUUGCAGCGUGCACUCGAAGUGGGAUACCGUGGAAUCACUGAAAAUUAUAAAUUUAAGGUGGUGAUUUGUCAGAGUUCACUUGAACUCCGCCGCUAUAUUGGGCCAGAUUGUUUGACAAUGGAUGUCGGUGGCGUACUAAAAUAUAAUCAUUUAGAAUGGGUCCAACAUCGUAUGGAUAUCGAACGGAUGAAAUCAUCUGCAACAGUAAUUGCUCAAUCAUUAAGCGAAUUUGGUCGUUGCCUAAAAGAAACAGAACUUCCUAAUGAUGUCGAGACAACAGCACGAAUUCUUGAGAUACAAACUGCAGAACGUGAUGCUAUAAAGGAAGACUUUCGAAUAUCUAUACGAAAAGGAUUAUCAUUAUUACGACAUGUCAGACAAAUGGAUGUUAAGCCGGAACAUGAGCAACUUAGUCCAACCAGGCUUCAUAAUGUAACAGCAAUUGAAAGAAUGCUUAUACAAUUGGAAGAAACAGAACGAAGUUUCGAUACAUUCUGGAUGAAACACGAAAAACGUCUUACGCAGUGUUUAAAACUUCGACGGUUUGAAGAUUCAUUUAGGAAACUACAAUCAGCAUUUGCAAAGCAUAUGAUCCAUCUGGAAGAGCAUCGAGAAGUUGGUGAUGGAGUGAGAAAAGCUGAACAAUUAGCGCAAGCGCAUGCUGAAUAUUGUCAACAAGCUAUGGAAGACGUGGAUGGAGCACGUUUAUUACGAGAUGCAGGACAAGAGCUAAUCUCAUCACAGGAUGUUGAAUUAACAGCAAGUUUGUUACCAAAAUGUGAUGAACUGGAUCGUAUGGCCGAUGCAUUAAGCGGCGCACUUGAACGACGUAGCCAAGUGCUACGACUAAGCAAGGACAUGCAUCAACAAAUACAUGCAGCGAAUAAUUGGUGUCAUCGUGGUGUUGAACUGUUGACGACAAUACCAUAUGACUGUACAGCGGGUAAUGCUGCCAGUGCAUUAACAACCGUUGACAAAUAUAUCGAAGAAGGCGAAUCAUUGAAGUUGGAUAUUUUUAAUAAUGAGCCAAAUUUAAACAAAUUGAUAAUGCUCACAACAACUGAAACAUCUACAUUACUUGCACAGGUUGCUGAACGUAUCGAUGAUAUGCGACAUUUAAGCAUUUAUCGACGUGAUGCAUUACAAAAGAUGGCACUGCGAGAAAUUCGAAAACCACCUGUUCAGAUUGUUAGUCCCGAAAAAUUACAAUGCUCUAACGGUGACCAAUGUUGCACAACUAUUAGCACAACUACCAUUAAUAGGAAUUCAUCUCCAACAUCACCGAAUAAACAGCAUACCAAUCUAAUUAAUUCUAAUAAUUCUGAUGUUGUGAUGUUUUUCAAAUCACGCAUACGCAAAUCGAAAUCAUGGUCUGCACCUAUUCGGCAAACGCGUCAAAUUGAAGUGCUUCAUGACAAUCCUCAAAAUGCAUUCAUAUGUGGAAAAAAUGCUGAAUAUGGUGGUCCAGUUGGUAAUAGCAGUGAUAGUAGUAGUAGUGGUGUUGGUGGUGCGACAAUUGGAUUUGAUCAACCUGCUUCACUCCUAAAUUUUGCCAUCUCUGAAUUAGUAAAUACGGAACAAAGUUAUGUUCGUGAAUUAAAAUCAAUCGUUGAUUUUUAUAUUAGACCAUUUGAGGCACCUGAAAAUGAGCAUUUAAUAACAUCUCAUUUAAGGGAUCGUUCUGAUAUAUUAUUUGGUAAUAUUCCUGACUUGUUGAAUUUUCACAGUAACUAUCUUUUGGCUGAUUUUCUGGCUGCGGGAAAUUCAAUAAACGAAAUAUGCCGAUGUUUUCUCAAUCAUCGUAAUAAAUUCCUUCAACUUUAUCAUCAUUACUGUCAAAAUAAACCCUUAGGUGAAGCAUUACGACGGGAACAACAGCCGGACGGAGCGGUUGCUAAAUUUUUUAUGGAAUGUCAAAAACGAGCUGGACAUCCAUUACCAUUAAGUGCUUAUUUAUUGAAACCGGUGCAAAGGAUUACCAAAUAUCAACUUUUGUUAAAAGAAGUACACCGUCACUGUUCAGAUCAGGCUAAGCCUCAUGUUGAUGAAGCUUUAGCCUCUAUGUUAGAUCUCUUGGCUCAGCUUAAUACAGCAAUGCAUCAAUUACAUAUUGCUGGAUUUGUAGGUGAUUUAUGUCAAAUGGGUCCAUUAAGACUUCAAAAUGAAUGUGACAUUUAUCCAUUCAAGAAGAGAACUCGUCGUCUUAAUAAACCUCAACGUCGACAUUUGUUCCUAUUUGAUGGUGGUUUAUUAUUUUGCAAAAAACGAUCACAAUCUUUGCCGUACGCUUCUGAAUAUUAUGAACAUAAGUUAUCUAUACCAACGUGUAGUCUUGGCUUCUCGGAAACAUCAAAGACAUCAUCUGCACGUUUUGAAGUUUGGGAUGAGACGAAAAAUGAAGCAUAUGUAGUGCAACCUAUUGAUGAAUCUGCUCGGAUAAAAUGGAUACAACGACUUUAUAGGAUAGUUGGUGAACGUGUAACGCAUCGUGAUCGAUUAAGUCAACAACAUCGACCGAUGCGCCCACAAUCUUGGGCUUCAACAAUUUCCACUGAUAGUAUUCGUUCUUCCGACACAACCACAGAUGGUAGUGUUGUGGAUGGAAAUGGUAACAAUUCAAAUGGUAUUUAUUGUUCAUCUCCCUCUUCCGGAUCACCAACAUUUGUGCCGAUUAUAUCAGAUGAAGAUCCGGAUAAUAAUAUCACUACAAAUGAUCAGCUACAAACACGUUCAUACAGUUGUCCAGAGAAUUCACUAGGAAGCUUAUCACCAUCACCACUAUCAUCAUCAACAACGACAACAAAACCAAUAACAACGGCAACAAUACCAUCAGCAGGUGUACUAAAUACAAUAUUAGCAAAAUCAUUAACAACAACAACAGCGACACCAUUAAAUACAAUUAUUGAAAGCUCUUCAUCUACUGAAUUAUUUGCAACAAUUUAG